UAUGGCCCUGACCACAGAGUUGAGGACACAGCUACAACUGAGAGAGGUGGCAGGGAUCCCCCUGCAGGCUAGCACUGUGGACAACUGGAGCCAGAUCCAGAACUUUGAGGCCAAGCCAGAUGAUCUCCUCAUCUGUACCUACCCUAAAUCAGGGACCACGUGGAUUCAGGAAAUUGUGGACAUGAUUGAGCAGAAUGGAGAUGUGGAGAAAUGUCAGAGAGCCGUAAUUCAACACCGCCAUCCAUUCAUCGAGUGGGCUCGGCCACCCCAGCCUUCUGGGGUGGAAAAAGCCAAAGCAAUGCCCUCUCCACGGAUACUAAGGACUCACCUUCCAAUUCAGCUCUUGCCUCCAUCUUUCUGGGAAAAUAACUGCAAGUUCCUUUAUGUGGCUCGAAAUGCCAAAGACUGCAUGGUUUCCUACUACCAUUUCCAAAGGAUGAAUCAAAUGCUUCCUGACCCUGGCACCUGGGAAGAGUAUUUUGAAACCUUCAUCAAUGGGAAAGUGGGCUGGGGUUCCUGGUAUGACCAUGUAAAGGGAUGGUGGGAGAUGAAAGACAGAUACCAGAUUCUCUUCCUCUUCUUUGAGGACAUAAAACGGGACCCAAAGCAAGAAAUUCAGAAAGUGAUGCAGUUCAUGGGAAAGAGCUUGCAUGAAACAGUGCUAGAUAAAAUUGUCCAAGAGACGUCAUUUGAGAAAAUGAAAGAAAAUCCCAUGACAAAUCGAUCUACAGUUCCCAAAUCCAUCCUGGACCCGUCCAUUUCCCCCUUCAUGAGAAAAGGAACUGUGGGGGAUUGGAAAAACCACUUCACUGUGGUUCAGAGUGAAAGAUUUGAUGAAAUCUACAGACAAAAGAUGGAAGGAACCUCAAUAAAUUUCUGCAUGGAACUCUGAACAAGAUGUGCAUAGAAAGGUAGAUGACAAGAAUGGGGAAGAUAUCUUCAAUCCUUCAGUGAAGCCCAAAGAAUCUCUGAAAGCAUAUUGUAAAAAUAUACAAUUGUGGUACCACUGUCUCUGUGAUUAUUACCAACCCCAUUUUUCAAAAGGAUCAUGUCUAAUGCUUAUUUUCUCAACCAUCCUUUCCAAAGUAAGAAAUAA